GUAGUCUGAUUCUCGCCAUCGUGCCUGGCUUUCGCUGAAGCAUCGGGGGUGGAUAUCGCUGACUUUGUAGUGGGACUUGUGUGCUUCAAGACGUUGUUCUCUGUCUCCAUGCUCUCAGAGGAAAGAUAAAGCUGGAGUUGUGCAUCGCUGGAUACCUCGGAAAGCGGGACGUGAGAGCGAAGCACGUACGCGACGCCAUCUGCCGUCGGGAAUAUCGUCUGUUGUAGGGCUCGUCUGAAGAGCGUCGCGAGUUUCAAUCCUCCAGGGACUUGUGGGCUGGCUUGUUCGCUCUCUGUGCUGAUCGGGCGAUGGCUUUGAUGCAAGUCUCCCACGUAUUGAUCUUGUCUGUUGUGGCUAAGUCAGUAUGCAGUACUUCACCGUCGUGUCACUGGUUAGAACCCAGAAGGGUGUGGUGAGAUGCUUGCGCUUCUUUCUGCUGUUGGGUGUGUGUGCCUCGUGUGGGCAGCAAAUACGUCUAACACAAUACAUGUACGACAGCAGACGACGCACCACACUCCCCCCACCUCCCACACCCAACCCAAAAACACCCCUAUCUAGCCAACCUCUGCUUUGCGCCGGGAGUAGCAUCUCCAUCAAUCCCCCGCGCUCGUGCGUCCAAGUCCACCAUUCCAUCCUACCAUCCACGCUUCGACACCUUGCCGUCCUCCCCCUGCACUCGAAAAACCACACCUUCUCUUCUCCCGCCAUUUCCUACGCACCAGUGUAUCACACCACUCUCCCUCCAUCCGCGCGGAACCUCAAGACACCAACUCCAACGCGCGCGUCGAAGUGCCGAGAUACACCACAGCUGUUGCGAGACGAGCACACUCUUGAAAGCGAAGAGAGGAGAGAGGGAAAUGGCGUCAGAAAUCACGCCACGCAUCUCCGCCCAGAUGCAAGAAGAACCCCUCGUUUCGCCCGCCGCAUGAAGCAGAAACAAAGGAGGGGGGUAUGAGUUUUGAGCAGCAAGAGAAGGAAAUGUCCAGCCCGUAUCUGUAUUGCCGCGACAGGAGUCUGCGUCGGGGCGACUUUUGAGGGCGGGGCGCGCGAGCCACCCACGGAAGAGGGGGUUCAGCGCGUUGAUCUUCGACGUUGGACGCGCGUCCUCUCAUGCCAGUAGGGGCUGUGAGAGGGUGCGGU